AUGAGUAACCCAUUUUAGAUUGUUCCAUCAGAUUCUUUCUUGAAUAUUUUAAAUCAAAAUAAUGUCUCUAUUGUAGAUGUUGAUGAAGAUUAUAGAGCUGAAUAAGAUUGGAUGUUUGAAAAUGAUUGUAAUAUUAUGGAAGAAUAGAUAUUGUAAUAAUAGCCUAUAAUGCCUGAGCGAUCAAAGGCAUUGGUUGGUGGACAAUUAUUGUAGAAAUAUAAAAAAAUCUAAGAGGAAGAUCUCUUGAAAAAAAAUAAAGAAGUUUUUUAAGCCAAUCAAUCUAAAAGCAUAUACCUUAACAAAAUUUAAUAAUUAAUAGAUAAACCCACUGCUGUAGGCAAACCUAAACAAACGUAAAUAUUUAUUAUUUUGAUAGUCGUCAAAAAGUGAUUGUUGAUAGUGACUCAUCAGAUGGAAAGAAUAGACUAGCUAAAAAUAGGGAAUCUGCUAGAAAUUCCAGAAAGAGGAAAAAGAUAUAUAUAGAAUUAUUGGAAAAUAAGGUCAAAGAAUUAACAGAACAAUUAUAAUAAUUAGAAUGCAUUGUUUAAUAAAAUAAAAUUAAAAAUAUUUAAGUAUUUAAAAAAUCAUAUUUAUAAAUAGCUUGAAACCUUUAUUGAAGACUAUCAUAGAUCAAUUACAUAACUUAAUGGUAUACCUGCUAUUCAAUAAUUACAUGAAUAAUAUGGUGCAACAUCACAAAGAAGAUGGAGUGUUUGUACUGAACUCAUAAAUCUAUUAAUUGAGACUUCUAUUCCUAUUGAAGUUAAAAAAUUGAUGGAAUCUGCUAAAAAAGGAACUGACAUGUUCAUUCAACCUCUACUUUAACAUAAUCCAUGUCUAAAUUAUAGAGAUUAUUUUAAAUAAGGAACAAUUGAUUUAGAAAUGUAUUCAUUUAUUUAAAUUGAGAGCAACAAAAAAUUUUGGUUUGGCUUAUGAUAAAAUUAGGGAAUAAGUAUUUGCUUUAGAGAGAUUGAAAUUAGAUAUCAUCUAAAUUUUAGGACCAGAUUCUUACAUAGAAUACUUAAAUUAAUAAUCAUAUUGAA